UAACAUUUCUGAAUCUGAACAUUUACAAUACCAAGGUACAUAACUUAUCCAUGAAGGCAGAUAUUAUUUUAAUUAUAUUUUAAUUUAAAGGACGUUAAUUAGUUGUGCACAAUUAAUAAUUUAAGCGACUUAUCGUUCACAUCACUACCAUCAAAACGGUUACUUAGACCUUUGAACUCAUUAGGCGAAGGAAAUAUUGAAAAAUAAAGGCAAUCUGGAAUUAAGCCUCAAAAAAUGGGGAAUUCAUCCAGUUCUUCAGAGUGGAUAGAAACAUUUAAUACAAUAAAAGCUAGUCAUGAUAAAGCUUAUCAUAUAAUAGAAGAAGCAAUUUCUUUAGAAGAACAAGAAAAGCCAAAUGAGGCAAUAGAGAAGUACAAAGAAGGGGUAAAUAUAAUCGAUGGGGCCUUAAGUGUGCAAGUAACAAUGCCAGAAUCAGCAGAUUUUAGAUGGGAACAGGCAUGUCGAAUGAUUCAAAAAAUGAAAAGAACACGGGGAGAAGUUUUGACUAGAAUUCAAUGUAUUCAAUCAGCACCUGGCUUCAUGCAGCAUGAGCCUCCACCUUUGUAUGAUGAUGUGGUUGGGCCAGAAACGCAACCAACACAGAUGUAUCAGGAAAUAACUUCAGCAGCUCACAAUUUGGCUAAUGACAUACAAAGUGCAGAAGCCACAGAAGUGAUAUAUUCUUAUGAUAAUGUAAAGUUGUAUUUUAUAUCUCCUGAUGGAACCGUUUGUCAAACAUCUCAACCACAGCAAAUGAUAAUUGGUUUAGUGGAGAGCAAAAAAGAAAACGAACCAUCAAAGUACUUCCUACAAGUAGGUGGUUGGGUUUACCCAUUGGUGCCUGGAGUGACUGUUUGUUAUCGUACCGAUUAUGGAGCAUUUAUAUUUCCUGAUACAGAAACAGAAAUUCCCGGAUCUUCUGUCGGUCUUAUUUUACCCCAAGAAGCAGAUCCUUCUGCAUAUGAACUUUUAGAAAGUAUUUUGCAUGGUUUAAUAGGACAAACUCCAACCCUACAGCGAAUUCGCAAAGAUAUAAGUGAACGAAUUUCAGAGAAAAUUGUAACUGGGGCUGCAUAUUUGUCAGAAGGUUUGGUAAAGGGGGCUCAAAAGGCAAGCGAUUAUUUAAACCAAAAAACUCCUCAAUUAAUACAGAAAAUUACACCAGCUGAUCAGUCAGCUUCUAUACCAAAAAGUGUUAGUAAAACUGCAGAAAUAGCACACAGUGCUACAGGUACAGCUGCUUCAGUGACUGGAUACAUAGCUGAGAAAGUAGGCUUAGCAACUAUGGCUCUGGGACAUUAUUUGGCUCCGCAUGUUCAAAGUCAAGGCUCUAAAUUGCUGAAAACUGGAUUCAAAAUGACCGAUGAAGAAGCUAAUGCGAGAAUGAACAGUAUUCUGACAGUGGCCGCAGGAGCCGUUGAAGGAUUCUCAACGGUUUAUCGGGGAUUAGAAACAUCAGCUUCUAUUUUGGGCAGAAACUUAUCCAAUAACACUGUUAAAGUGGUGGAACAUAAAUAUGGUAGUCCAGCAGGAAAUUUAGCAAGUAACACCUUAGGUGCGGGUGGUAAUGUUUGGAACGUAUACUCAAAUUCUAAAAACUUUACGCCAAAAGGACUGGUUAAAAACACAGCCAAGGGUACUGGAAAAGCUAUGAUUGCAGAUAAGAGAUUACUACUGAGAAUAAACGGGAACGCCAGUACCAGUGGUGAUACUCAAACAAGAAAUACGGUAGCAGUAAGUGACUUACAGACGCUUUACCCUAAUGUCGAAAAUUUGCGAGAUAUGGAGGCGUCUACCCCUUACGUUUCUAUUACAAAUACUGAUAUUUCGAAUACUGUAACUUCUUCACCUUAUUCGAAAACUGAACUUAGCGAUGAAUUGCCGAAAAAAGAACCGUGAAACUUGACUGAUUUUAUGAAUAAGCAGAUAUUUUUUUAUUGCUGUCUCUUGCUGCUAAACAUUUAUGAACUUGAACUGGAAAAAAUGGUGUUGUGAUCCGUAAAUAAGUAAUAUACAACAGUUUUCUAAGUUUUAGGAGUACACACAGAGGAUGACAGAAUAAGUAAGCGACAUAUACAUAUGGGCAUAAAAUACAAAAAAUAUUAGUUAAUUUUUUAGUUAAAAUUAAAGUCCUUGUUAUAUGUAUGUAAUUUAAAAAAGAUUCUCUUGUUUGAAAGUUACCAAAUAGUUCUAGACAAGCUUAAAAGCGAAAUAAUAUCAUAUUUAAUUUAAUGAAAAUAUAUUUAUUAAAUAUUAGAUGUCAGAUCAAAUAUAUGAUUAAAAAAUUUACUGAACACAAUUUAAUAGCCAGGAUAGGUACAAAGUUCUUUGUUAUACACAACCUACAUGUAUGUAUAAGUGUAUAUUUCUUUAUGCAAUUUUCAUUGUAAUUUAUAAAAUAUAACGCAUUUUUU